AUGGCCGAUAAAGAAGUAACCGCAAAGGCUGGACGUCCCAGCUUGGGCAAUAAUAUGCGCAGUCGGUCUUACCUUCAAGAACAUCAACAAUAUCGUCCACCACAACAAGAUGGUCAUUAUGGCAUAGAUAGCAUAGUUGAGGGUAUUCAAGCGACCGGAAUUUCAUCUCCUACCAAGUCUUUCACUCCUUAUAAUGGAGUCCCUUCUCCACAACACCCUCCGAAGAUUGUUGACAGUGGGCUGAACCAUACCUUGUCACACGCGAACUGUCAACCCGCGCCAGAUACAGUAUCAGACCGAAUGAUCGCAACCCUUAUUUACAAGACGAGAUCUCCUCGUGUUUCAAUCACCGAUUAUCCGCCUGAUCGCUCUCCUUCACCACCUUCUUCUCCAUCUAGAUCAUCUGCAACUUCCACUUCCCGCACCAUCCCACCAAAUCUUGCACCUGUUCGCACACUCUCCAACUUUCCACUCGAGCCACCACCACCAGACCCAGAACCACUCGAUCAUCUAUAUGGCAGCUACAUCUCACAACUUUGCCUCACAUCCUUCCUCCACCUCAUUCAAUCUCUGCCGACCAGAUCCGGUUCCGAUUUCCUCUCUUCUUCUCAUCGCUGUCUCGACAAUCCAGAACAUCCUUCGAUAGUCGAACUUACAUUUUCGCCCAUUCCUGAUCCUGCAUACCUUGAUCUUCAAGAUCUGCGUAAGCAUGAACUUCUCUAUCGCUUUGAGCGCGAAUGGAAUGUCGAUGUUAUUCUUCAACAUGAUACCGUACUACGACGUUACCCACGCCUCGUGGUAUUUGAUAUGGAUUCCACACUCAUCGAGCAAGAGGUUAUUGAUUUGAUUGCUGCCUCUAUUGGAGUCGAAGAUGCGGUAUCUGCCAUCACCGAACGAGCCAUGAAUGGAGAAUUGGAUUUCUCUGCGUCUCUUCGCGAGCGCGCGAAGUUAUUGAAAGGAGUAGAAGCGGAUAUAUUUACACAAUUGAGAAGUGUUAUCAAGCCUACCAAGGGUGCUGUGGAACUCAUUCGUGCACUGAAGAGAAUGGGUGUCAAGACUGCGGUUCUAUCUGGAGGAUUUAUUCCUCUGACACAAUGGCUCGCUGAUCAUUUGGGCAUUGAUUACGCAUUCGCAAAUACUCUUGGAUCUGAUUUAACUACCAAUACUCUGACCGGUGAGGUUCUUGGCCCCAUUGUUAAUGCGGAAAAGAAACGAGAUCUACUCCUUGAAAUUGCGAAGAAAGAAAAUGUUUCACUAGAACAGGUUGUAGCAAUUGGUGAUGGAGCAAAUGAUCUGUUGAUGAUGGGGGUAGCUGGAUUGGGAGUCGCAUGGAAUGCAAAGCCUGUGGUCCAAAUUGAAGCUCAGGCAAGGUUGAAUGGAGAUACUUUAUUGGAUCUCUUGCAUAUCUUUGGGUUGACGGCUGAAGAGAUUCAAAAUUUGACUUCAUAG